UCGGGCGCCGGCCUCGUGCAGCGCCGGUCGCCGCCACAUACGCGGCAUGCGGCCCGCGCUCGCCGCGAUCGCGGCUUGCUGCGUGGUAGCACGCGCCGAGCCGUCUGCGCGCCUCGCUCCGCGCAACACUACCCCCCACCAUGUCCUCGCAUGUUCGGAUGGACUGGUGCUCCCUGCAUGGCAGCCUCUCGAGGAUGUGCCAACUUAUGAGAUCGCCUUCCGAGGUGUUGUCUACUUUCUUUGCCUCAUGUACCUCUUCAUCGGAGUUUCCAUCGUCUCCGAUAGAUUUAUGGCCGCCAUAGAAGUUAUAACAUCGAGAGAGAAAGAGGUGCGCGUGCGACGCAACGGCAGCGAACAGAUUGUUGUCGUCAGAGUAUGGAAUGAGACCGUCGCUAAUUUAACUUUGAUGGCGUUAGGAUCUAGUGCACCUGAGAUCUUGUUAUCUGUAAUUGAAAUAGCUGGGAAGAAUUUCGAGGCAGGUGACUUAGGGCCCGGUACCAUCGUGGGGUCGGCGGCGUAUAACUUGUUUGUGAUCAUAGCCAUCUGUGUCGUGGUGAUACCAGAUGGCGAAGUUAGAAAGAUAAAACAUCUAAGAGUGUUUCUUGUGACAGCAACGUGGUCCAUCUUCGCGUAUGUGUGGUUAUAUCUCAUACUGGCUGUCAUCUCACCGAAUGAAGUGGAAGUCUGGGAAGGAUUUGUUACUUUUCUCUUCUUUCCGGCGACGGUUUUAACAGCUUACAUUGCUGACCGUCGCUUACUUAUGUAUAAAUAUCUGAAAAAAGGCUACAGAGUGAAUGAAAGAGGAGUUAUUGUAGAAGCCGAAGGUGAUGGCUCCGUUGAAAUGGCUUUAAAACCAGGAGGAGAAGAUUUCUUAUCUGAAGACGAAGAAGGUAGAGAACAAGAAAAGUCAAGAAGAGAAUAUGUAACAGUACUGAGGGAAUUAAGAAGACAACAUCCUGAAGAAGACUUGGAGACUGUAGAAAGGAUGGCGUUAGAGACAUUAAUGGCUCGGGGUCCCAAGUCAAGAGCGUUUUAUCGAGUGGCAGCCACUCGCAAAAUGACAGGCGGUGGAGAUUUCUCAAGAAAAAUAUCUGAACGAGCUCAAAGUGAUCUUAGCGAAGUUAAAGCAGAGUUACAGCGACGAGAGUCAGGAUCCUUAUCUCUUGAGCCUCGUGGUCCCAACGUACGAUUUGAUCCAGACCACUACACCGUCAUGGAAAACUGUGGGACAUUUGAAGUAAGAGUUGUAAGAGCAGGAGAUUUGAACGGAGAAGUAACAGUUCAGUACACCACUGAAGAUGGAACAGCAGAAGCAGGAUCAGACUAUGUCGCUGCCCAAGGGUCCUUGGUCUUCAGGCAUGGGGAGACAGAGAAGACGUUCAGCGUUCAAGUGAUUGAUGAUGACGUUUUUGAGGAAGACGAGCAUUUCUACGUGCGGUUAACAUCUCCUCGAGGGGCUUGUCUUGCAUCUCCUUCUACGGCUACAGUAGUGAUUUUAGAUGAUGAUCAUUCCGGUGUGUUCUCUUUCCCGCAACGGGACUUUGAGCUGACGGAGUCGGUGGGAACUUACGACUUGAGGGUCGUGAGGACAGCUGGUGCACGCGGCAAGGUCAGGGUGCCUUACUGGACGGAAGAUGGCACUGCCAAGAACGGUGCUCAGUACGAGUCGGCACAGGGCAGCGUGAUUUUCGAAAACAACGAAACUGAAAAGUUCAUCCCGCUACAUAUAAUUGAAGAGGACAGUUACGAAAAGGACGUCCUGUUCUAUGUCAACCUUGGCGACCCGGAGCUGCUUGGGGAGGUGUUCGAAACAUUCCUACCAGACGCCUCAGCCUCCGUGGCGGUACAAUUCUCACCCGAUGACGACAAUCCUGUGGCUACUGGGAAUGAAGCCAAUCAUCUGGCAACACUGCCUGAAGAGGAAGCAGUGGUGGCCAUGAUGGGGUUGCCAAGAGCUGGAGAAAUUACCAGAGCACAGCUCAGGAUUAAGGAGAGCAAGGAGUUUAAAAACACAGUAGACAAAUUAGUACAAAGAGCGAACGCAUCAAUUAUCAUAGGCACGUCUUCGUGGAAGGAACAGUUUUCAGAAGCGUUAACAGCUAGCUCAGGUUCCGAUGAUCCUGACGAGCCACCUUCGUGCUUCGACUACGUGCUGCACAUCGUCACACUGUUCUGGAAGAUUGUCUUCGCUUUGAUACCACCCACUGACAUAGGUGGUGGUUACGUCUGUUUCGUGGUGUCCAUCAUUUGCAUCGGUAUAGUGACUGCUGUGAUUGGCGACGUGGCCUCACACUUCGGGUGUACCCUGGGCAUCAAGGACUCAGUCACUGCUAUUGUGUUCGUGGCCUUGGGAACUAGUAUUCCUGAUACCUUCGCAAGUAAGGUAGCCGCAUGUCAGGACAAGUACGCUGACGCAUCAGUGGGGAACGUGACAGGAUCCAAUGCAGUGAACGUGUUCCUUGGCAUUGGAGUCGCGUGGACCCUGGCUGCUAUCGUCCACUGGAGCAAGGGCGAAAAGUUUUCUAUUGACCCUGGAAACCUCGCCUUCAGUGUGACGAUGUACUGUUCCGAAGCCUGCAUAGCAGUCCUAGUCCUCGUUCUACGAAGACGGAAAAGUAUUGGAGGGGAGCUCGGAGGCCCUAAGGCCAUCAAGAUCAUCACCUCCAUGUUUUUCUUCUCCCUCUGGCUGGUCUACCUCACCAUGUCCAGCUUGGAAGCCUAUGACGUCAUCCCGGGCUUCUAAAUGUCCAAAAUCUGGUAAUAUUAAGUGCUUAUUAGAAGAAUCAGAACCUGCUUUGGUCGCUUACGACGUUUUUGCUUGAGCUAUAGUUUUAGUGUCAAUGGGUGUUACAGUCAAAAAUGUCGUAAGCGCCAUUGUGUGUUUUGGUGGAUUUAUUGUAAGAAUAGUCUAAAUAUGUACCGUUAAGCGUGUUCGGAUUGGCGUGUCAGCAGCUGAUCGUCAGCGGGUUUAAUUCACACAACGAAAUAUUAAAGGAAGUUUUCAACUUCUCAGCGAUCGAUGAUCUAAACUCAAUCUUCUUUUAUAUGUAUAUGAGAGAUUUUGUGCUUUUAGAUAAUUUGAACUAAAAUGAACUUUAUGUUUUGGCUUUUAACAUCUAAGAGUUACUUAUAGUAAUAAUAGUAUUUUUCUCAGUAAAAUAACGAAAGAAAUUAAUGUUUGUACAAUCAGCUGCAUCUGAACUAGCUCUAUGAUCUAUGUGCUCAAAUGUACAGGUUUAGACGUCGAAUGUACUCUUUCUUCCUUCUAGAACCUUCUCUUUCUCUUAUAACCUGAUAAUAAUUAAUAAAUGUAGCCUUACCGGCUGUGGUAAAAAUAGAUAUAUGAAUAGAUUUAUCAAAAAAAAAACGAAUUCUAUGCAUCAUUUAAUUUUUAGACGUAUUAUUAGAAUUUGCAAGAUUAUUAUAAUGAUCAAAUAAUACGCGCGUAUUGGUAGAGAAUUCUGCGUAUUAUUAUAUAAGAAUGCGUAUUUUUAUCUGCAAUACAUAAAUUUUAAUGUUUAUUUUGUUUUGUACAUAAAAAAUAAAGCUUUCUUUGUUUGCCAAGGAUAAAGAUAAUUGGGUUUUGUAACGAUGAUUUACGUUUGAAAUAAACAUUUGAAAGAUUGUGUA